UUACAAACCUACGGCAACUAUUCUCCUGCAGUUGCACUGUUCAGCUAAACUAGUCUUCAACAUGAGCGGAGCUUUCUAUUCAGCUGGUUCCACAGAGCCCCCCAAAGUCCCUGGAAAGUACUGCCUUUAUGGCCUGAAGUACAGUGCGAACACGCAGCAGGUGCGCCUGGUGCUGCUGACCAAGAACGUGCCUCACGAGUUGGUCAACGUGAACCCCAAGAGCAUCCCCGACUGGUACAAGAAGAUCCAGCCCGAUGGACAGUUCCCCGCCUUCGACACCGGCAACCAGGUGCUGGUGGGCAUUUCAGACAUCAUUGCCUACAUCGACGAGAAGUUCCCUCAGCCGUCACUCUUCCCCGCUGGCAAGGACAGGAAGGCAGUUAUCGCGGAAAUUGAGCAGCAACUAUUGCCGGUUGCCAAAGAUACUAAAGUAAUGUUUGACAAAAAGGGUGCCAGAACUUCACAAGAGACACAUGAAGUCAUCAAAAAACUGACAGAAAGACUAGAGUCUACUGGAAAACCAUUUCUUAGCGGGGACACUGCAGGAAUUGGAGACUUCAUGGUCUGGCCUUGGAUUCAGAUGGCUCAACUGUCCUUUAAAGCACAUGGAGGGAGUGCUGAUCAGGGACUACAGAAAGUGCCUAAAGUGGCUGCUUGGGACAAAGCUAUGAGGAGCGUCAAGGCUGUUCAAGAAGUAAUUGUGCCCGAAGAUGAGUUUUUGAACCUCUUGAAAUGAGCUGACGUUAACAAUUAUCCGUAGUGAUAAGGUCUGCAAAGCUAGGGACUUUCUCUACCCUUAGUAAUGUUCAAAAUUGGUCUAAACUCAAGCUCUCUCUCGGUGGCUGCUCUGACGAAGACACUACUGCAGGUCACAAGCCAAGACUGGCAUGCACUCAACCUAAUAUUACAUAUGUUUGAAACAAAAAAUGUAGUAUUUCAUGCACACAGUAUUAGUAUGUAUCAUGAAAGUGUAUUUAUCGUUUAUCAGUCAACGUUACUCUAAAAUAAUUAAUGUAUUAAGGUUUUGCUGGAAAUUUAUGUUUUCAGAUAAAUGUUAAUUGAGAAAACAGUUAAUAAAUCAUUAUUUAUAUACA